UCCUUGGACGUGCAUCUGGCGGACCUCAUGGGUGAUGAGGCCGAGAGAGCGCCACGACUGGCGCGGAGGAGGUGGCACAACCGUGUGUUGCGGCAGCUGCUUACGUAUGAGCCAGAGAUCCUCUGCCUGCAGCAAGUCCAGGCGGACAUCACCGCACCUGUGGCAAAAGCAGAAUUUUGUCAGGGCACAGGUGAAGCAGCGGGUCAAAAGAUGGUGGCGUCGCAAGGAAGACCUACAUUGUCAGAAGGCACGAUGUUGGCUGCUCUAGUGCCCAGGUUGGAAAGCCAG